CUCUACUAGAGUUGCCAGACUUAUGUUUACAGUUGUUUUACAAGUGUUUUACAAACACGUGUUUUUUGUUAGAAAUGUACUGGAUUGAUUAGAAGUUUAUUUAUUUUUUCAAAAAUGUUGACAACAAAAACUUUUUUCCGAAAGACAAAAGGAGGGGGUAUUUUUAAGGUUGUAAGAGAACAUUAUCUCAGAGAUGAUGUUUGGUGUGGAUCAGAAGCUUGCAAAAUAUGCAAAAAUCAAAAUAAUAUUCUUGACGAAACGAAUCCUGGAAUUAAAAGUUCUUUGUUUCCUGAAUUUCAUUAUUUAUUACUUGAUACAAAUGUUGUUCUCGAUCAGAUAAAUGUUUUUGAAGAAGAUUUACUAUGUAAUGUAAUAAUUUUACAAACAGUUUUGGAAGAAGUACGACAUAGAAGCUCUAAUGUUCAUACUAAAUUAAAAGAAAUUAUUUCUGAUCCAAAGAGAAAUUUUUAUGUCUUUGUCAAUGAACAUCACAAAGACACUUAUGUAGAAAGGAAUCCUGGAGAAAAAGUUAAUGACAGAAAUGAUCGUGCUAUUAGAGUAGCAACAAAAUGGUUUAACGAGCAUUUAAAAAUUCAAGAUAUUCCAAUUCGAGUUGUUCUUUUAACUGAUGAUGUUCAAAAUAGAGAAAAAGCAAUUUCAGAUUCAAUUCCCGUUGCUUCAAUGCAAGAUUAUAUAUCAUCGUUGGAAAAUCCAGGAUUUUUAUUGGAUAAAUUGAGUCGAAAAAGUUAUGAUGUUGAUGGUGAAUCUCGAGAACCAUUAUUUCCAUGUCAUCUUCCUCCUUCACAAUUGCACGAUGGAAUAAAAAGUGGUAAAUUUAUGCAGGGAACAUUUUUGGCGUCUAGGGAAAAUUUUCUCGAAGGAUCAGUGAAUGUUGAAGGCAUGGAACAAUUUAUACUAGUGCAAGGAAGAUCUAGUUUAAAUCGAGCAGUCGAUGGUGAUAUUGUUGCCAUUGAAUUAUUACCUGAGGAUAAAUGGUCAGCACCAAGUGAUAUUGUUCUUCAAGACGAAGAGGAGGAAGAUCCAGGCGAUGUUCUUGAGGAUGAGAAAAUUUUAAUGGAACAAACUCCUAAAAAAAUUAUCGAAAAAACACCAACUGGUGUUAUUGUUGGUAUUAUUAGACGAAAAUGGAGACAAUAUUGUGGAAUAUUACAAGUUUCAUCAAAUAAAGAUAAUACAAGACACAUUUUUGUACCUGCCGAGAAAAAAAUACCAAAAGUUCGCAUUGAAACGAGACAAUAUGAAACUUUGAGCAAGGAAAGAAUUAUUGUUGCAAUAGAUUCGUGGCCUCGUCAUUCGAGAUAUCCGAGUGGUCAUUUUGUACGUGCCUUGGGACCAAUUGGUGACAAAGAUACUGAAAAUGAAGUAUUACUUCUCGAGCAUGACGUUCCUCAUAGCCGAUUUUCUGACGCUGUUCUUAGUUUCUUGCCAAAGUUGCCGUGGAUUAUCACCGAAAAUGACGUUGCUCAAAGGACAGAUUUGAGACAUUUGGAUGUUUGUUCCGUUGAUCCACCUGGAUGUACAGAUAUUGACGAUGCUCUUCACUGUCGAGACUUGCCGAAUGGUAAUCUCGAAGUUGGUGUACACAUAGCGGACGUCUCGCAUUUUAUUAGACCUGGAACUGCAAUUGAUAAAGAAGCUGCUUUACGUGCAACGACAGUUUAUCUUGUGGACAAAAGAAUCGACAUGGUUCCAGAAUUAUUAAGUUCAAAUUUAUGCUCAUUACGAGGAGGUGAAGAACGAUUUGCAUUCUCUUGUAUCUGGGAAAUAGAUCACGAUGCUAAUAUUAUUAAAACAGAUUUUUGUAAAUCUAUCAUACGCUCUAGAAGUGCUAUGACUUAUGAGGAAGCACAAAUAAAAAUUGAUGAUCAAAAUCAACAAGACGCUCUUGCACAAUCUUUAAGAGGUCUUAAUAAUCUUGCAAAAAAAUUAAAAGCCCAACGUUUAACAAAUGGAGCAUUAGUUUUGGCUUCACCGGAAAUUCGUUUUCAAGUUGAUAGUGAAACGCAUGAUCCAAUUGACGUGGAGGCGAAAAAAAUACGAGAAACAAAUUCCAUGGUCGAAGAAUUCAUGUUACUGGCAAAUAUAUCAGUUGCCACGAAAAUCCUUCAAGAAUUUCCGGAGUGCGCUAUGUUGCGACGACAUCCGGAACCACCUCAAUCGAAUUUUGAUCCUUUGAUUAAAGCAGGAAAACAUCAAGGUUUUGUAAUUAAUACGAACACAGGAAAAGAAUUGGCUCUAUCUUUAGAAUCGGCGCAUAAAAAUGAUAAUCCUUACUUUAAUACAAUGUUGAAAAUAUUAGCAACUAGAUGCAUGAUGCAGGCUGUUUAUUUUACAAGUGGAAUGCUUCAACCUUCGGAAUAUUUUCAUUAUGGAUUGGCCUGUCCAAUUUACACUCAUUUCACAUCACCAAUUCGAAGAUAUGCUGACGUAAUUGUCCACCGAUUAUUGGCAGUUUGUACAGGUGCCGACGCAACGUAUCCGGAUUUAUUGGAUAAAAAAACUAAUCAUAAACUAUGCCAUAAUUUAAAUUAUCGAAAUAGAAUGGCUCAAUACGCUGGAAGGGCGUCUGUUGCACUUAACACUCAUCUAUUCUUUAGGGGCAAAAUUCAAGAUGAAGAUGGAUACAUUCUUUUUGUACGAAAGAAUGCUUUGCAAAUUUUAAUUCCUAAAUUUGGAUUAGAAGGAACGCUUUAUUUAAGUAAGAAAGGCGAAGAAAAUCCUGUUAAUUUUACAUACGACGAAAUGGAGCAUACUCAAACAUUUGGAAAUAUUGUUUUUCGCUCGUUUGAUCGUGUGACAGUUCAAUUGAGUCUCGACAGAUCUAAUGUACAACGUGAAAAACUUGUUUUUAAACUCGUUAAACCAGAGAUUCCAGGCUUCAGUGUUCCGGCAUCUGAUAAAGCAAAGGACGCGAGUGAAUCAAAAGAUUUGAAAUCUGAGUUAACUGAAGAUGUAGUUAUGUCAGAUGAUGAGAAAAUGACAUCGGAAUUACCGAAAAGAAAAGGAAAGAUUUCUGGUAAAAAGCAAAAUAAAAAGAGGAAAAAGUAGGAAAUAUUUUUAAAUAGUUUCUUUAUUUUUCAUUUUUAUAUUAUUAAAACUAUAUAUUGUACUUCGAUUUUUUUCCUCAAAUUUGUACAGAGAUAUUAUUAUAUCUUUCAAUUCUCUAUAAAAUCGUAGUUUAAAAUAUAAUAAAUAAUUCAAAAAUAAAAU